CUCAGCCUCGGGAUUUCCCAGGCAGCCGGCAGCAACGAAAAGGCUGGUGCGAGACGAAAGUGUGGCUCUCGUCUCCGACGCCCUGUCCCUCCACACUCUACCCCGCGUCCUCCCCCUGUAUCUUCCCGAUACAUCUGCUUAUUCACCAAGGGAUGGCUCGUCCGGCGCACCGGUCUGCGUGAGCGAGCGAGCGAGCAGCGCGCUUUCGCAAUUCGCCGCCUUGCUCUUCCUCAGCGGCUGGAAGAAAACAAUGGUCUGGAGCCCGCCGCCGCUACUACCAACGUAUAGAUAAUGCGCUAGCCUCCCUGCCGGGCGCCAGGCGACUAUUUUUAGAAUCCCCGGCAAUCCCCCCCCCAUCUUCCCUCCCUUUGCAAAGCUUGGAGUGGCAGCGCCGUGUCGGGAAAGGGAGCCAAGGAGGCACUGCUGCGAUCCCGCUCCCCGCCCUUUUCCUCCUCCCGUGGCGGAGCGACCCGUGUGGCCGGCACAGCAGAAGCCCUUCCACGCUACUAAGCUCCCAGUAAGAAACAUUGAACCAUAUGCAAUAAAAUCUUAGGACAGAAUCCAGCUAAAGGGUGUGUGCUGCCUUUGACAUGCAGUGUCUGGCUGAGGAACACUUGCGUUAGUUACCUGAAGGAGCACCUGUCUGGAGAGAGAGAAAAAGGUAGCACCUGACCCAAAGACUUCCACUAGCAACACUGGAUGAAAAUUCUACCAUUGCCUAGAGCUCACUAACUCCAUUGGCAAUAUGGAUUUUGUGAUGAAGCAGGCCCUGGGGGGGGCCACCAAGGAUAUGGGUAAAAUGCUGGGAGGCGAAGAGGAAAAGGACCCUGAUGCCCAGAAGAAGGAAGAAGAGCGACAAGAAGCCCUGCGUCAGCAAGAGGAAGAGCGCAAGGCAAAGCAUGCCCGCAUGGAGGCUGAACGGGAAAAGGUCCGACAGCAAAUCCGGGAUAAGUACGGCCUGAAGAAGAAAGAGGAGAAAGAGGCAGAGGAGAAGGCAGCCCUGGAACAGCCAUGCGAGGGGAGCCUGACGCGCCCCAAGAAAGCCAUCCCGGCAGGCUGUGGGGACGAUGAAGAGGAGGACGAGGAGAGCAUCCUCGACACGGUGCUCAAGUACCUGCCAAGUCCACUGCAGGACAUGUUCAAGAAGUAAAAGCCACGCCAGCCCCCUGCCUCACCCACAGCCCCCUGGCACUGCCUGUACAGCGCUUCGGUGGGGUGGGGGGGUUCCAUUUCUUUUUGACUUCAUUUGAUUUUUUUUCUCUUUGGGUUUUGUUCCAAGGGGACCCCAUGCAUAUCCUUGUGCCAUAGGGCCCCUGCCAAUUCACCACCCAGCCGCCCGGCCCUUUGUCCCCGGGAGAAGCACCCCAGGCCCAGGACGUGCUCCCCCUCCUUGCACCAUCAGACCAAAGGCCACUCUCACCUGCUGUGCUCCCUAGAGCCACAGGCUGGCCACUGCCGGGAGCCUGCCUCCCCUUUCCCCUACCCCUGCCCCUGCCCCAUCCCUGUGGCGGAGCUGGCGUUCUCUUGUGCCAAAGUGCCAGCUGGCUUGACACAGGAGAGGGGAACUGGGCACCCGGGUGAGGUACUGGGACCAAAUUCACUGAUGAAACCUCAUGGGGUACUGGAGAAGGGCUCGGGGAGGGAGCCAGGGCUCUGCACAAUGCCAUGCCCUAGGCACAUUCCUGAGCCCCACGCCGACUGCCUGCUGGGGAGGGACUGUGUGCCCAUUUCCCUCCACGCCACUCUUCCUGCCAGCUCCUUGGGGGCAAAGCCAGCCCUUGCACAUUCUAUCUCUAACCAAGGGAGCGACCAAUGGGAGCCUCCCCCUGCCCCUCAUCCUAACUUCCAAGGGCUGUUGGCCUACACGAUUGUUUGUCACAUGCUUGGGGGAGGAGGAGCUUGUUUCUGGAAGGAAUCAAGAACUCACAUCACACUCAUGUGGAGACAUAUAUGUGCACCAGGAAUUUUGAGGAAAAAGUUGUCCCCCUGCACUUCCCUUUCACAUGCACACAUUCACAAGAACACGUGUAGAGACAUCUUCCACGACCCCACUAGGGCUGGUCAAGAGUCCAAAGGGUCCAAGUUCACCGUUCAGCUCUUCCUCAGGAUCCAUGGGGUAAACUUUGGGUUCCAAGAACACUUGGCUCCCUGACGGAUGCGAAGAACGGGGAUAGGGGGUUCACCCCAGUUGCUCAGCCAUCUUUAUUUGGUCCACGUCAUUCUUUUACUUUCAAGCUGCCCUGGUUUUUUAUCCCAAAGUGCCCUGAAGCUGGGACAACUACAGUCUGCAGAGUAAGAAGACCCAAAUUAAGAGGUUACCCUUCUUCCGAUUCUGCUCCACCAACUGCUGUUUUGUGGAGAGUGGCAUAACCAGAGCCUGAUUUGAGGAGCAGGAGACUGAAAUGGAUAAAGGGUGUUUCUAGACAGGGGCUUAAUAUUGUAAAUGGGUCAUUCAGGUAUCAUAAAUGAGUCAUUGGCAGUAGAUUUACCCAUUUUCCCAGAAAGGGUAAAUCUGGAUUAAAUGGGGGGGGGGAAUACAGGCUAGCAUUUUAAUGCCAAUGAUGUUGCGAAAAAUGUGCAUGCGUGAGGAGCCCACCCAUCCCACAAUAAACACCCAUUCUAAAGCACUCAAAACUCAAAAAGGAAUGGGGGCCAUAUACACUCAGCACCUGGUGGAUGAGGUAAGAGAUCCUUUUUCCAACCUGGAGACAGCUAGCUGCAUUGACACGGAUGGGGAACCAGAGGGGCAUCACCUUCCUUGAAGGGGGCUGAUCCAGGAGCCCUGGGACAGAAACGGAUAACAUGAUAUUGUGGGAGCAGCACGUAUGUGCAGCCAAGCCCCAGCUGACAGUCCAGUCUUUCAGGAUGAGGAGCCUCAGGGCUAUUCUGAGGCCAAGAGCUCCGCAUCAAACCCAAUAAGCCCAUUGCUGUGGGAAUCUUGGCCCUCGGGAUCCUGCUACAGGUGCAGGGCAGCACAGACUCAGACACAAAUCUGGCCUACCCUGCUCUUACUCCCAUGACAUAACUAUCUCUUUCCUUUUCAUGCUGCCCCAGUUUUCUCCUUAACUGAAGAGAUGCCAAGGAGUGAGGAACCACCACCCUCUCCCCACAAACAUGCACACUAAUUCAUAGCAGGGGCAGAGGAGGAGGUACUAUAUAGCCUGUUUGGAAAACUAUCCUCUUCCACCUCUGCAGCUCAAUCCUGCCCAUGGGGGUAGUGAUCUCCGGAUUCCCACCACCCUGCAACACAUACCCAGUGACUCUGUUUUGCUGUGCUAUUGUUGCAUUCACUCCCCGCCUGCUAACCCCAUCCUGUCUCCAGAGCCACAAGAUUAAGCAAAAAGGGAUGACUAGGAGAUAAGGGGGGAUGGGGGAAAGUCUCACUGCUGGUUAGUCGGGCCCCCGCCAAACGCCAACGGUCCUUGGCCACUGCUGAAAACAAAGGCAAGGGCCAGCCUUCCUUGAGGAAGUUCCAUGAUUCUCAUUCUUCUGUUUGGGAAGGAAGGUCCUGAUUGUUCUCCCAAGGUUCCCUGGUGCCCCCGGGGGCUUUUGCUUUUGUGUUGGGGUUGAGUUUGAAUUUCAGAGAUAUCUCCCUGCAUCCAGUGUCCUUCCUUCCUUCCCUAAUAGUUAAAGCCAUAUCAGUUAGACUGCAAUACUAUCAACAUUAAAAACUCUGCGGGCUGCGCUCUCUCUCAUCUUGUACAAAGGAGCGUCCCGGGGGGGCUCCACCCGCCCCUUGCCCGCUUGUCUGUGUCUCCGGCCACCCGCCAUGUGGCCCAUGCGUGUUUUUCCAUUGGUGUCUCUGUAACAGGGUAAAUCACCCCAACGCCUGCCAUCUGUCUUAUUGUCUCUGCUAGUCACUCACAAGAUGGUCACCGUAUGGCCCCAUGGAGCUCAGGUCUUGGAAGGGCAGAGGGGCCUCAGGCAGAGGAGAGAGAAAGGACCAGGCUGGAGGUGGUGAAGGGGGCAGCCCAUUAAGCACCUUAUUUGUCCAGAAGGCAUUUUUGCCCAUGGCUGGCCAUUGUUUGUGCAAUCAUCUCUCACCAGACAAAGAGUGUGACUGCGGUGUGGAAUGACUGACCACUGGAAGUUCCUUUCUGGUUGCUGGCAGGUGAGCUCUGUGACAAAGUGGCACUUUUUUGCCUAAGCUCACACAUGUCCAUUGUCUACUACUCGAUCCUCUGGGCUGAAUGUUGAAAAUUGCAAUAAGUCCACUUCUCACAUGGGGCAAAGGGCUGACGCUGAAGCCAGCAGCCCACCUUCAGGGUUGGGUUGCUGAUGCUCUCCGUUUAUUUAUGUUUUUUACCACUACAACAACCAGUUGGUGACCGGAUCCCACAAAUUGGGCUUGUGGCAAGGAUACCAGUGAACCCCUGGAUCCCACUGGCCACAAUGCUUCUGCUGGCCUGUGACCUAUCCAAGGCAAGAGUUAAAGACUGAGUCCAAGGAUAUCAGAGGGACAUGGGAUGGCAGCGCCCACAGCAGGAGAGAAGGAUUAAACCUGGUGCCACCAUGGGGGAAUCUCUGUGGUGCCACUGUGGGCCCCUUCUCAAGUUAGCUUUGUGAUGUGGGAACCUCAGCUGCUUCCUGCGCCACUAAGAGAACAUCAGAGACCAACCACAUGAGACAAGCUGAGGCUGCAGCUCCUUCCCACACCAAAAAUGAAAAUAAAAAGGCAAUGCUAAUGUGGGGAGGAGCCAUUGUGUAGGCUUCUCCUAUAUGAUCUUAGGCUUCUGCGAUGGUCUCUGCGGCACUGGAAAGCACUGCACUGUAGCAUUCCCAGGCCACCACCAAGGUGGCCUGAAUGAAACCCCUUGUCUAGUACUUCAUCAUAACCACUUUUAGUUAGAGAAGCUGCUGCUUCCAAUCUGAAGUGUACAUGCACUUCAGUGUGUAUGUAUAUGUGUGUGUGACUGGGUGUGAGUGUAAGAGAGAGAGAAAAGAUAUAGCUUGUGUACUAGUGAGUUUGAGCCAGCCUCCCUCCACCAUCAAAUGCAUAAGGCAAAUUUUGCCACUUCCUAGAACCCUUAACUCCCUUUUUUUCUUACAUAUUUUAAAACCUAGAACCACACAUAAGAGUCACAGUUUAUAUUAAUGCGUGCCUGCUGAACUGUGGAGGGGGUAGGAAGGAGCAUUGACUGUUUCUUUAUGAGGCGGUGCGUAUCUCUGUGAGCAUGUGGAUGUGUGAGAAUGAGAGCCAGGAGGUGUGCUUGAGUCUCUCUGUUUGCCAGUGCAUCCAUUCCAGCCUGUCCAAGUGUGCAUUCCAUUUCUUUUUGAAUUGUUUCCAGAGCAGGACAUCCUUCAGGGGCUCCACGUGGGCACAGAAGAAUUGAUCCCAGUCACCAGUCACCCCUGACCCGGCCAACAGCAUUGCCAGAGGGGGUGCUGCAUCAUGCCCACAUGCAUGCAUUUCCCUUUGUCUGCUUGUCUGUCACUGCUGUGUAUGGGGGAGCCCUCCUGCCUUGUGUAUUUACCCCCCCCCGGAUUGUGUUACCCAUCCUGCUUUGCUUGUGCCAUCUGCCUUCUACAGUCAUUGUGUCUGACUGGCUAGUAGUACUCAUCCCACCUGCACUGUGAGGGGCAUCGAACACAGCAAUGCGGCCAAGUGUGCUGAAUGGGAUCGCCAAUGGAAAGAUCCAGCACGAGCUGAGCACCUUGUGGGCCCUUCAGGUUAAAGCUGCUGGAGGAUCUCUGUCUCCCAUCAGACAGCUGAACACCCUAGGCUAUGGAGUGCACCACUUCUGAGCCAUUGCCCUUGCACCCGUCAGCCUUUCGUUUAACCUGGGGGACAAGCAGGGAGCUGGCAGUUCCCCUUUUCCUUUCCUCGGUGGGGUGGAGGGUGCAGGCAAAGGAGUCAGUGAAGAUUCAAGAGGCUCCAUCCAUCCUAUGGUGACCAU